CCGCCCCAAGCCAACUGUCCAACAGGACAUCUCUCCGUGCUUGCUUUCUGAAUCUCGGCCGCUCCGAUGUGAGCUCGCCGCUUCGCCCACUCCCGCUGCAGCCUUCAGACAAGCAUAUUGUGCUUUUGCUGGAAAAUGGGUGUGUUUGUGUCUCUGCCGGCGCCAGCCAUGGCCGGCCAACAGCCUCCAGACCAGGGCGCCGUGCUGCUAAAUGGAUCCCAGCGAGGGGAGCCCACCAAGGGGCAGACAUAUGAGAAGGGGGAGCUGCAGGCCAGGGGCCAGUGGGCCAGCAAAGCCGAGUUUCUCCUGGCCGUGGCGGGGCAGAUCAUCGGCCUGGGCAACGUCUGGAGGUUCCCGUACCUCUGCUACAAGAACGGAGGAGGUGUGUUUUUUGUGCCCUAUCUGUUGUUCCUGGUACUUUGUGGCAUUCCCUUGUUCCUGCUGGAGACCUCGCUGGGACAGUACACCAGUCUGGGAGGGGUGAGCGCCUGGAGGAGCAUCUGCCCACUGUUUGGAGGGCUCGGCUACGCCAGCCAGGUGAUGAUCCUGCACGGCUGUGUGUACUACAUCGUGAUCCUGGCCUGGGCCGUCUUCUACCUGGCCUACAGCUUCGAGACGGAGCUGCCCUGGGCUCACUGUAACAACACAUGGAACACUGAUGCGUGUGUCCAGUUUGACUUCCAGAACAAGUCAAUCAAUGGGAGCAGCCUGCCGGAGAAUGCCACCUCCCCGGUCAUGGAGUUCUGGGAGCGUGAGGUGCUCCAUCUGUCCAACAACUUAGACGAGCUGGGUCCCAUCAACUGGAGACUGGCUCUGUGUCUGACCGUCGUCUGGAUAGUCUGUUACUUCUGCGUCUGGAAGGGGGUCAAGUCCACUGGCAAGGUGGUGUACCUGACGGCCACCUUUCCAUAUGUCAUGCUUUUUGUGCUGCUGGUGCGCGGAGCCACCCUGCCUGGCGCCACCCAGGGCAUCAUCUACUACCUCAAACCCAACCACACUCGCCUGGCAGACCCACAGGUAUGGAUGGAUGCCGGCACCCAGAUCUUUUUUUCCUAUGGAAUCUGUUUGGGGAGCCUGACAGCCCUCGGCAGCUAUAACAAAUACAACAAUGACUGCUACAAGGACUGUUUCCUGCUGUGCCUCCUGAACAGCUGCACCAGUUUCCUGGCAGGCUUCGCCAUCUUCUCCGUACUGGGAUUCAUGGCCCAGGAACAGGGUGUUGAUAUAUCACAGGUGGCCCAAUCAGGGCCCGGCCUUGCCUUCAUAGCCUACCCCAGGGCAGUAGCCAUGAUGCCUCUACCACACCUCUGGGCCGUCUGCUUCUUCCUUAUGAUCAUCAUGCUCGGUCUGGACACACAGUUUGUGAGUCUGGAGGCCCUGAUGACGUCGGUGACUGACCUGUACCCCCAGUUCAUCAGACGGGGCCGGCGCAGAGAGCUGGUCCUGCUGCUCGUCUGCCUCGCCUGCUUCCUAAUAGGGCUGGUCAUGGUCACACCGGGCGGUCUGUACGUGUUCCAGAUUUACGACCAUUUCUCCUGUAGCGGUGCCAGCCUGCUACUCCUCUCCAUCUUCCAGUCCGUGGCCGUCGGCUGGGUCUACGGUCCCGAGCGAUUCAGCACCAACAUCCAGGACAUGAUCGGUUACAGGCCCUGGCCUUUCUUCAAGCUGUGCUGGAGAUACCUGACCCCGGCCGUGUGCACCGGUACCUUUAUGUUUUCCCUGGUGUGCUGGUCACCCCUGAGCCUGGGGAAGGGGCUGGAGGCUCCGGGUUGGGCCACCACGUUGGGAUGGCUUCUCACCUUCUCCUCCAUCUCCCUGCUCCCAAUCUGGGCCAUCUACGCCUUGGCCACCGCCUCAGGCACCCUGCCACAGCGCUUCCGUCAUCUCUGCCGCCCUGCUGAGGACUCAUCGCUGGCCCUCUACCACCUGUCCACCAACAGAGUAGCUUCUCCGUUCGCCCCCCCACCCCACCCAUCUAUAAGGGACCAAUCACGACGGUCAUGUGACACACAUCCGAUUCGCAAUAUGUCCCCAGUGGAAGCUUCUUAGACAACCAAGUGGGGUAAACAGUGGGGUCAAGGAUCAUCUUUUCUUUUAAGGCCUUAUUUUCUGCCCCCCUGACUGUGAAGGCCCAGUGUAGGAUGACAUUGUAUGUUAUUCUUAGAUGACAAACACCCCAUCCAUCCAUCCAGCCAUUAUCCAAGCCGCUUAUCCCAACUGGGAUCGCGGGAUGCCGGAGCCUAUCCCAGCUCUCCUCAACAUCUGCAGAGUUGAGACUGGUUGAAUGUUUUUAUUGGAUGAUGAUUAAAAAAAAAAAAGGACACAAUCAAAAGAUAUUUUCAAGCACUGACCUAAAAUUGUAAAGAAUAUGAUGUAUUGGGCGGCACGGUGGCCCGGUGGUUAGCGCUGUUGCCUCACAGCAAGAAGGUCCUGGGUUCGAACCCCAGGCUGUCCUUUCUGUGUGGAGUUUACAUGUUCUCCCCGUGUCUGCAUGGGUUUCCUCCGGGCGCUCCAGUUUCCUCCCCCCUUCAAAAAGACAUGCAUGUAGUAGUCCGCGGUGGUGUAGCGGUCUAAGCAUCGGCUUUGUGUCGAUGUAGUUGCCCACUGGGGACUGGGGUUCGCGCCCCAGUCUCGUCAGAUCCGACUAUGGCCGGACCCGAUGAAGCAGCAAUCAUUGGCAACGCUGUCUUCGGGAGGGGGGCGGAGUCGGCUUGUGUUCGUCACGUGAAUGCAUCUCUGUGUGUGUCGGAAAAAACAGCUGUUCAGCCUGGAGUCGCCUUGUCACAAAAGUGGGGAGGCGUCUCCUUCCAGACUGCCGACCAGAGAGAUGCAGUUGGCGAACGCAUGCAGUACGAGGGUGGGUGUUUCAAUUAAAAUAGGGAUCGAUUGGCCAC